CCCCAAACAAAGCCCAUUCCGUCCCGUCCACUUCUUCACUUUCCUCCACCUUUUCAAAACCCUCCUCUUCUCCACGCCAUCGUCAAUCGGUCUCCCUUUUUACCACUUGAACAACUCUCCUUAACGCAUCGCAACUUAUCGCGCGACGAUUCUGCCAUCUCAGGGCUGCCUCUUCAGUCGUACAUAUUACCCUCGACCGAUCGAUCAUAUUGCCGCUCGCCAUCGUACCGGACGCUGGACAUUUAAGCUCGGCAAGACUCGAAACUCAAAACUAGGGAACUACCGUCGUUGACUGUAAUUGCCAAACAAAAAGCGAUUUUUUGUCAACAAUCCCUCUUCCAUCGAUUUUGAUUACGCCAAUUUAUCGUCUUUGAGUGAUUUGUUUCAUUCAUCGACUAUAAACAAAAUACCGCUGCCCACCCACCCUCAUCAACUAGCCUUACGCUCUUCAGUCAAUAUGAACGUUUUGCUAUCGCCACAACCUCCUGUCUUCCCGCAUCAGCACGAAAACCCUCGUCUUUCGCCUCAACGAUCUCUGUCUCCAUUUCACAACAUGAACCCCCGUAAGCGAAAAGCCGACGAGGAUGGUGACGAGACCAUGUCGCCCAGGUGCUCUCCUACUAUCUCUGCCCGAGCUCUUGCUCGACCCUCCAAGAAAGUCCGUGGAAAUGAAAUUAUCGGACGACCUCUUACCCUUCCUCGACUUCUCGAGACCCUGGACACUUCUCAACUAAGAACUGUCCUCGAGCGCAUCUGCGAAUCACACCCUGAUAUUGGUCACGAAGUUGUUACCCAAGCUCCUCGUCCCUCAGUCUCCUCGGCUGUGGAAGUCUUGCAAGGGUACGAGCAGAAAAUGAAGGAUGCCAUUCCCUAUGGCGAGUCCAGCCCCGAGUACACUUAUUACCGGGUCAAGGAACCACUGGUUGCUUUCAUUGACGCUCUAUCCGAUUUCACCCCUCAAUUUCUUCCACCCAACGAGACCCAGCCCACCAAGUCUCUCGAAUUCUUGAACGAGGCAACCGAUUUUAUCCACAGACUGCCCAACUGGGAACCUCAGGCAUAUCGACAUCACAAGGAGACUGCAUAUGAAGAGAUAUCCAAGGCUUGGGCGCUAGUUAUCAAUGAGGCAGGCAAGAAAGCUGGGGGUCUCAACUUGCAUUCCGGUGGAUGGGACCAGAUCCUGUCUCGACACCAUGAACAAUCCGGGGGCCGUCUCUCCACUGCUAUCCACGCCAUGUCCAUGAGCGUUGGAUGGAUGGGCUCCGACGCGAAUACUGUGUCUGGUGGUCCUUCGGAUUCCAUACUGAACCAAUUGAUGUCUGGUUCAUAUGGAGCUCCGGUAAGAGUUGGACCCUGGUAAGGCACGGGUUAUUCACCAAAGCCUUUCCAAGAUUAUGAUUGCAUACUGCGGCGCAUCGGACGAGUCAACUUCGCACAUAUAACGACCGUAUCAUAACGACGACUUUCAUUUGGUAGCAUAGGUGGCAUAGACUUGAGGCGCCCUUUUUUUUUUUCUUGUGUCGCAGGGUGGUUGGCGUUUUGCAUGUCAUUUGAUAUCCCUUUCCUUCAUUUACGAACCAGUAGGGAUUAGUAUUAUAUGGGUUGAUAGCCUUUGAGUGGUAUUCUCAACCUGACGGAUAGGACAUACUCUGUUUUUCCGUGGCUAGAUUUCUGAUAUAUCUUCUUUGUC